AUGGAGAAAGCCAUGGCUGAUGGCAAGGCUGGCAAGUCCAGCUUCAAUUUUAAUCCCGAGGCCGCUGAGUUUCUCAGUAGAGGUCCCAUGGACCCUGGCUCCCAGACCAGUUCGAAUGGCCAUAGAGACUCGGCCUUGUCUGGCUGCGACUUCUACUCCCCCAACCACUUUAUCAACCCCAUUGAUGCCAUUGGUCUCAAUCCCAAUCGAGUCAACAAUCUUCUCUCCGAUCCGGACUUUGUCGCGGACUCAUCGUCCCAGAGCAGCCAGAAUACUCUCAUCCAGACCCCGCGAGCUGAUCAACACGUCACAGUCGAGAAGAUCAUGCGCGGUGUGGACUAUAUUGGAGAGCAAAACGGCUACUUCAUAUUGCGCAAGCAUCCAAAUGAGUACCACGGGGGGAACAAUGGCAUCGUUGCAUACGAUGCGCGCCACCACAGGAUGGUAGCCUUGGCUGUGAAUGACUCGGCUCUAAACGAUGGUGACAUCCUCGUCGUAGCCUCUUGGGAGGCUGGAUCUGGCGUCAUCACCGGUCAUGCAAACGGUAAUUUGCUGGUGUGGGAUAUCGAUUCUGGUAGCAGUAACUUUGUCCGUCGUCUUGUGGGUCUGCAUGAGGCCGUCACUUGUAUUUUGAUGGUCGACAAUAUUGUCGUUGCGGGCGGCGCCGGUGGCAGUAUUUGCGUUUGGAACCUGAAAACCUCUUUCCUGAUUCCUGUGAGGACUUUGAAGGGCCACACUGGUGCUAUUUUGUGUAUGAAGGUGAAAGAAUGCUGUCUCGUUUCUGGAAGCGCCGACAAGGACGCACGCUUCUGGGACAUUUUCAGCGGGCACUGCAUACAAGUGCUUCGAGGCCAUCGGUCUGAAGUUCGAUUCGUUUGCAUCGACUCCAUAGGCAUCAUGACCGCCAGUUCGAAUAUGGUUCAGGGCUCAGGGUCCGAUAUCAAAGUGUGGCGUUUUGGUACCCAUGAAUUUGCCGCUGGCAAUGCUAGUAUCCCGGAACGUCAGAUGCCUGGUCCCCAAUUUCUGAGUCAGUUGCAGCUGUAUGAUGAUUGUCUUGUUGCUGGUGGUCUAGGCGAGCUCCAUAAAUAUGACUUUGCGCAGGGAGGACUUUCUAUCUUCACCGACAAUCGCCGCCGCCCCAUUGUUGCCCUGGACGCCAAGGGCCCAAUUACCAUCAUUGGUACAGGGGAUGGAUCCGUAGACUUGAUAGAUCAGCGGAUCUGUGCAAAGGGGGAAAGCUGGACCCUAGGUACCGCCGACAAGAUCUGGACCGUGAAGAUCGUUGAUAACUUCAAGUUGACGGCGGUCUGCGAGAAGGAUCGCUGGGUGACCAAAAGCACCUGGUGCCUGUGA